AUGUCAGAUUUUGGAUUUGAUGAAUUGAUUGAAGCUCAGCCUGAUGCCAUUUUCAAAUUAAACGCUUUAUACAACCAAGAUGAAGACCCUUCAAAGGUGAACAUGAGUAUUGGUGCUUACCGUGACAAUAACGGAAAGCCAUGGAUUUUGCCUGUUGUUAAGAAGGCUUCUGAAAUUGUUGAAAAAGACCCCAACUACAAUCACGAAUACAUGCCUAUUGCUGGUUUUGGUCAGUUUACAAAGGCUGCUGCUGAAAUCCUGUUCAAGCCCAACGACCACUUAUUGAAGGAAGACCGCAUUUGUUCCAUCCAAUCUGUGUCUGGUACUGGAGCUAAUUUUUCGGCUGCUAGAUUUAUAGCUGAACAAUAUGCGCAAAAGAAUGGAGCUGCCGUUUACAUUUCGAACCCAACUUGGCCCGUUCAUCGCACUCUCUGGGAAAGUGUCAAUGUAAAGGUUGAGACUUAUCCUUAUUGGGAUGCAAAAAACCGAAGAUUUGAUUUCGAAGGAACUAUGGAUGUAAUGAAAUCUGCUCCUGAAGGCAGCAUUUUUUUACUUCAUGCUUGUGCUCAUAAUCCUACGGGAAUUGACCCCACUAGGGAACAGUGGAAAUCUAUGUUUGAGGCUCUUCUUGCCCGUAAGCACUUGGUUGUGUUUGACAUUGCUUACCAAGGAUUUGCUAGUGGUGAUUUGGACCGUGAUUCUUGGGCCUUGAAUGAGUUUGCCAAAUCCAAUAAAGAUUUCUUUGUCUGUCAAUCUUUCGCCAAGAACAUGGGUUUGUAUGGUGAGCGUACUGGUUGCCUUCACUACGUCGCUAAAAAUAGCACCGUAAAACGCAAAAUGCAGUCUGUGCUUUGUCUCAUUCAACGCAACACUAUUUCGAAUCCUCCUGCUUAUGGUGCCCGUAUCGCCGCUGCAAUUUUAGGAAACCCCGAACUUUUCGAACAAUGGAAGGAAGACUUACGAACUAUGUCUUCGCGUAUUAAUGAAAUGCGUUCUCAUUUACGUGAUUCUCUCGUAGCUUUGAAGACUCCUGGUACUUGGGAUCACAUAACUGAUCAAAUCGGAAUGUUUUCCUUUACUGGGUUGACCCCUGCUCAAGUCCAAUUCUGUCAAGAAAAGUAUCACCUUUACUUCAGUGCCAAUGGUCGUAUUUCUAUGGCUGGUCUCAACAGUUCCAAUGUUGACCAUGUUGCCAAGGCUUUUGAUCACGCAGUUCGUUCAGUCAACUAG